UUAUAGUUUUUACUAUCCUAUAUUAAACUUGCUAGCACAAGUUUAAUCUAGGACUCCGGAGCAAGUUCGUGUGGAUACGUUGGAGGCUUCAUACGUUUGGCGCUGCGUUCAUCUCCUCAAAAUCAUUCCCGACCGUUUCUCCGUUCUCUGUUUUUCAUCGUUAAAGGAAUUUCUUAUUUGCUUUGCCGUCAGCGCACGAGAAGAAGGACCCCUGCUUUGCCGCCACAGUGCAUCGCCAGAUAGUAGCCGGCCGCCAUCGUAGAGAAAACCCCCGAUCAGUUUGUUUGUCUUCUUCAAUCUUCAAUCAAAGAUGGACGAAAAUGAUUGUGGCUCAUCCAUGAACACGAGUGAUGGCAGAUUUAAGAAUUCAAAUGGUGAAGAUCUAUCUUAUAAAAGUAGUCCUGAAAUUGACCAUGAUGAGAUGAAUGAUGUGAAAAAUAACAUAGGGGAGGAGUUUAGAAGCAUUUAUGAGAUAACAUCUGAUGAGAUUAAUCAUCUUGAAUUUGAUACCUUAGAUCAAGCUUGCAACUUUUAUGAAACAUAUGCAAGAUGUAAAGGAUUUGCAGUGAGGAAAGAUGAUGUUCAACGAGACGUGAACAAUAAUAUUAAAAUGCGUCAGCUAGUAUGUAAUAAAGCUGGAUUGAGGGAUAAAAAGUAUUUGACUAUGUUGGAUAGGAAGAAGCCACAUAGGCCGAUUACGCGUACAAAUUGUGAAGCUAGGUUUCGAGUGCACCUAGAUUAUAAGACUUCAAAAUGGAUAGUUACAUCAUUUGUAGAACAUCAUAACCAUUUUUUAUGUCCUUCCAAAUAUGUUCACCUGUUUCCCGCGUAUCGAGCCCUGAAUGAUGCUGACAAGGCACAAAUUGAUAUUUUACACGCACAAGGUGUUAGGACUUGUCAUAUAAUGGGAUAUAUGGUGGCUCAGAAGGGGGGAUAUGACAAGGUUGGGUUUACAAAAAAAGAUUUAUAUAACUAUCUCGACACACAGAAACACGUUAAGAUUGAAGAUGGAGAUGCACGAGCUGCACUAAGUUACCUUCAAGGUAAAGCUGACAAUGACCCUAUGUUAUUUUGUAAGUAUGGUGUUGGAACAGAUGGUAAGUUAAAACAUUUAUUUUGGGCAGAUGGUGCGAGCAUAGUAGACUUUCAAUGUUUUGGUGAUGUUCUUGCAUUUGACACUACUUAUAAGAAGAACAAAUGAAAACACACAACACAAUUGCUUAAUCUGUAUCUUCUUUACAACAAAUGAUAUAUUCUAGAAAAUGAAUAAAAAAGUAUGAUAUUCAAAACAAGAAUGAAAUUAGCUUACAACGAGUAGCUUAAAAAUUUAUGAAAUUCAAAGAAAAACUAUAAGAAAUUCUUAGCAAAAAU